GGCGGAGGUGAGUCGCCGCUGUUCGCUCGGCUCCCUGCUCCGCGCUGGGGAGACAGAAAAAAGCGGCCGACGGAUUAAACGCAGCGUUAGCUCGCCGGCUAACGGUCAGCGCAGCAGCCGAGAAAGCGCCAUGAGCACCCGUCCGGAGGUGGCGAAAGUUACUCCUGGACUUUAGCGGCGUGGAAGAACGAGGUUCGCGGGGGUCAUGCCGUCUCCACCCGCGGGGACUUUGAACUAGUGUUUCCACUUGUGGGGGGGUGGUGGGGUUUUAAGCCUAGCUCCAGUGGCUAGCGAAGGCUGCUACGAACUCUUUUUAAUUGGCUCCGGGGCUGCUCCAUGGCUCCCGCUGCUUUCUCCCUGUCAUAGCGGCGGCGAGGGAGGGAGGGAGGGAGGGGAAAGUGAGCACGGGGACGAGGCGACCCACCCCGGGGAACUUCAUGAGCCGGGCUUCGACGCGUUUCUUCGGGGAGAAGACGAGGCUGGCCACGGAGCGAAGAUGAAGAAGCAGUUCAAUCGGAUGAAGCAGCUCGCGAAUCAAACAGUUGGCAGAGCGGAGAAAACAGAAGUCCUCAGUGAUGACCUCCUGCAGAUCGAACGGCGCAUGGAGUUGGUGCGGGUGGUGUCCCACAACACACACAAGAGGAUGGUGUCCUGUCUACAGGGACACAUCGGUGCGGACGCAGAGAAGAGACAUUCCGUACCACGCCUCUAUACAGGAAAUGGUCAGAAAAAGCUUCCUCUGACGGCUCUGUCCCAAGCGAUGGUGGAAGGUGGUAACCAACUGGGAGAAGACUCCUUGAUAGGGAAGAUGAUGGAAGUGUGCGGUGAGGCAGAGAAUCGUCUGGCAUCAGAAUUGAUGCAACAUGAGUUGCAGAUAGAGAAGGACGUUCUGGAUCCACUCAGCCAGCUAGCAGAGGUGGACAUACCCAACAUCCUGAAGCAGAGGAAACAGCUGGCCAAGUUAGUGCUGGACUACGAUUCUGCCAGAGCAAGAUGGUUGCAGGCAACCAAGUCAAUAAUCUCAGGAACAAAUACACAUUCACUGACGGCCAAGGCUGACCUACUCAAGGAGGAGGUGGAUGAGGCCAUGAACAAAGUGGAGCUUUGCAAGGAUCAACUUGCUGCCGACAUGUACAGUUUUUUCUCAAAGGAAGGCGACUAUGCCCGUUACUUUGUAAUGCUCUUGGAAGCUCAAGCUGAUUACCACAGAAAGUCUCUCACUCUUCUGGAGAGCGUCUUGCCCACCAUCCAGGCUCAACAAGACUCGUGGACAGAGAAGCCUGCGUUUGGCACGGGGCUGGAUGAACACCUGAAGAGAUGUGGAAGGGAGAUCGCUCUGCCAUUAGAGGCCUGCGUCAUGAUGCUUCUGGAGACUGGCAUGAAGGAAGAGGGUCUAUUCAGAAUCGCAGCAGGAGCGUCCAAGCUGAAGAAGCUAAAGGCGGCACUGGACUGUUCCACUUCACAACUGGAAGAGUUCUACUCCGACCCCCACGCUGUUGCUGGAGCACUGAAGUCCUACCUGAGGGAGCUCCCAGAACCUCUGAUGAACUACCAGCUUUAUGAUGAAUGGAUCCAGGCAUCCAGUGUGACAGACCCAGACAAGAGGCUCCAGGCACUCUGGGUUGUAUGUGAUAAGCUACCAAAGAACAACAAAUCCAACCUGAGGUAUCUGGUGAAGUUUUUAGCCAAACUGGCUCAGGACAGCGAGACAAACAAGAUGACUGCGAGCAACCUCGCCAUUGUCCUGGGACCCAAUCUGCUCUGGGCCAAAACUGAGGGGAGUCUGGCUGAAAUGGCUGCAGCUACCUCUGUGCACGUGGUGACCAUCGUUGAGCCCAUUAUCCAGCAUGCAGACUGGUUCUUUCCUGAGGAGGUAGACUUCAACGUGUCCGGCAUGUUUGCAAUGCCCAUACCUGCAUCAAACCACAACAAUCACCUGGACUAUGACUGCAGCACCAUUGAGAGGAAGAGGCCUGGCAGUUCGAUGGGACCCGAGAACGACACAACGCGCAAAGACAACACCCCUAACAAGCACUCGGACCACACCCUCCGUAGAGGCAGUCACACCUUAGGUAGAAAGCAGCACACAUCACCUGCCUUCCAGCCUCCUUUACCCCCUGUGGAGGCUCCAGGGCAGGGGCACGGGGCUGGGCAGGUCCCCCAGCCCUCAGCCGAGCCCCAGCCACAAGCUCCUCCAGGGGGGGCGGGGCCUGACGCUGGCCAGCAUAGCUUGGCGCAGAGUUUGGCUGCUCUCGCAGCAGCUCAGCAGCUUCUAGCCCAGCACACAGAAGAGCUCAGCAACCCAAGGCUACGUGACUCCACAUCCGGCCCGACCCCUCAGCUCCAGAGGAAUGGCUCUGGAGGAGGGGGCCAGGCUGUGGGACACAUGGGCACUGGAAACUCUGGGUCUGGAUCCAUGGGGCCCAGCCCUCACACGCUGCGCAGAGGUACCAAGAAACAGGCUCCUCCCCCUCCUAAACCUACAAACCCCCCUCCAGGCCAGCCCUGUAAUUCAGUAAACCACAACUCCUUGUCAGGCUCCUCCCAGUCCCUCAGCCCGACCCCUAGACCUCUGUCCAGCCACUCCCCCACCUCGCCCACCUCUCCGACCUCCCAGCCAUGUGCCACGCCUAGACGCCACUCCAGCAACCAGCCACCGAUCCAGGCGCCCAGCCAUCCGCCCCCGGAGCCACCGACACCGACCAGUCCCCUGAUGCCGCUCGCAUCACUGGGCCAGUCCGGCGGGGACCAGCAGAGCUCGGACCCCUCUCCUCCCAGCACCCCGACCCCUCCAGACACCCCUCCGCCCUCCACCGCCACCCAGGAUGCAGUCGCUCCUCCGUCCCCGUCGCCCUACCAGUCGGGCUCUCUUCCCCGGCCGCGACCCGUCCCCAAGCCCCGGAACAGACCCAACGUCCCACCGCCGCCCCAACCCAGCACACUGACUGGAGACACUAAUGGGAUCUGUGCCACUGCAUACAAGAUGAUGGACCCGGCCAUGUCUUUCAAAGGGCUGAGUCGAGCGUUGGUCCCUGAGUUCGCUGUAGAGCAGCAGCCAGUGAUGAGCCCUUCAUCCUCCUCCUCCUCAUCUUCCUCCUCCUCCUCCUCCUCCUCAAUGCUGCCUCCUCCCAAUGACUGUGACCUGGACACCGAGAGCACCGUCCUAUAAGGAGGAGACAAUGACACACUCUGGUCCCGAAACACCCCUCACACACCUCCUCUCAUCAUACACACACCUCAGUUAGUCUCCUUCUGUUUCCUGCAGCCCUCCUCACACUGAGACCAUCCUCCGCUGCUGUCCAGCACCAUGACCGACUCUUAACGUGACAUAACGCAUUUAUGUUCAUGAUGGACCUCACAGUGCUCUCAGUGAAUAAUGGCUGGGCUAGAUGAUUGUUUGAAAGGCUGCUACAGCCAUAGACUUAGCUCUCUUUUCAAUGUACACAAACGAUUCACAUCAUUUGGAGUCACAGUAGGGAUCGUGGUGCAGAGCCGCUGUAUCCAGGCUCAGCUGACACGCUCGGCCAAUCCUGAGUCGAUCUCAGCUGUCAAUCAGGACGUUUCACCCCAUUUUUAUAGCAUUAAAUAACUAAUUAAACCCCCUGAACAAGAACUACCUAAAAUGAUAAAAAAAUCGAUUGACCUGACUUUAUUUUGCUCCAUGUCCCAUCCACUAAGCAGGCAGGGAUUAUGACCUAUACUUCAGCCAGCCACCAGGUGGCAAUCAAGAUGAGUUUGCUCCAACGGUGCUGAUUUUUGAUCGUUUAUGUCAUUGUGUGUUAAAUACACACUUUCUAACUAUCGCAACUUAGUCAGCACGUUGUUGUCGGUAUGUUUGAUUAACCUGCAAGUUAACUAGUGUAGCUAAAGCUCAGUAACAUCACUUACUGUUAAAACUACAGACGCAGAUUAGCAGUAGGUUAUUUUUACUUUCUACAUUAAUUAUCUUACAAAUACUAUAUAGUUGCUGAAAGUCAAUGAAUGGGCAAACAUUUUCAUAAUCGAUUAGGUUUUAAGCAAGAUGCCAAAAUGAACUGGUUCCAGCUUUUUUUCAGUCUUCCUUGAUAAUUAAUAUGAUCUUUGUCUCAAGGCACAUCACCAGAUUUGACAAUUCACUUUCACUCGUGGUGGAAUUGAACUGACCUCGAAUCAGUUUCUUUCUGCUUCGCUCGUUUCAAACUCAAGCUGUCAGCCAUUAUUCACUCACUGAGUCGUUUUGACUACCAUGAAGGUGCCACGUGUCUUUGUGAGGAGACGUGUGACACACACACAGACACACACACAUACACAGACACACACACCUCCAUCUUCAUACCACGCUCCCUGCAGAAUGACCUCCAGACAAUCAAACAGCAGAGCGGGAGGACAGAAGAUUCACCAGUGACGCUAUCAGACAUUGAUACGUAGCAAUAUGAAGCACGGCCACUGACUGUGAACAGAAAGGAAUGGGUUGUGAGGUGAUGGGUUUGGUUGGGUGGGGGGGAACUUUGUGAAAGCCACAAUAUGGACUGACGAGACCCCUGUUUGGAAUUAUCGUGUGAGGUGUUUUUUUGCAUUUUGUACUGUUGAAGAAAUGGCCUUAGAAGAAGAUGAAGAAAAAGGGGGGGUAUAUCUACAGCAUGGGGUGUAGGGGUGGUCGGGGAUCAGCAGGUGAAGUAACUGUUGCUUAUCAUGUAACUGGUGACUGCAGGUUUCCAGUCGUCGAUUUCCCCUCCUUUGUUCUUUAUUUUUCUUUGUAAGGAAACCCUCCCUCCCCUGAAUCCUCUGUCACUCAUGUAUUUAUUUACCAAGUUCUGAAAACACACACAUUCCCUGUGGCUAGACUUAAUUAAUUCAGUCUUUAAAAUGUAAAUCAUGCCUUAUGGGUUCCUCACAGAACCCCCCUAAUAAGCAUUAUAUGAUAUUAUCUAUUUACUGUACGGAGGAUGUACCUGGCUCCCAGUACUUACAGUAUUUUCCAAGAAGCUGUCUUGGCAACAGUUGUGUUUCAGGGAUGUGAGGACGGUGACUCAGCAGCAGCAGUCGUGUGUAUGUGAGUGUGAGUGUGUGUGUGUGUGUGUGUGGGUGGUUCUGUGUCGUGCCUCGGGAGAUGUGUAUUUAAAUGUUUUGACUUGUUUGGGUUGUUUUCUUUUUACGAAGCAGAAGUAGCAGCGUGAAGCCUGGACACAAUCAGUAUUUUAGCCUUCCAUCCGUCUCUUUGAUUUCUCUGGUUGUUUGCCGGGACGUUACACACAACAGACUGUGAGUGUGUGUGUGAGUGAGUGAAUGUAGUGAAAGGAGAGUUUUGAAACCAGCCUCUUGAUCCUGAAGAGAAAGACACGUGAUAAAAACAGCUGAUAUUGCACUUGGGCGCAGGCCAAUGAGUGGUUUCCUGGUUUAGAGGUAUUUUUCUUAUUUCCAGUCUCUCCCACUGAGCUGAGGGCACACGCCGUUGUGAUCCCUCAGUAGUGACGUGGCGUCAGAUUGAUGUGGUUCUUUUCCGCCAGGUCAAACGAUGAAGAAAAAAUGGCUUUAUUAUAUUUUCUGUGUAAGCUUUUGGAUUAUUUUUUUCUUUUCUGGCCUCAAACGUAAUGCAGAGUCCCGUUCCCAGAGAGCCGACUCGACAUGGUACCUAUGGAGAGAGUCUCGGAUGCUGCGGUUGGAUCGUCCUACCCCCCCCCCCCUCCCGUACCUCGCUGCCUUAUCCCUGCGCAUCAAGCUCGAAGCUUCUUUAACGACAGAAAGCUGCAUUGAAACUAGAGACGAUGAUGAUGAUGCUGCGUUUUUCAGCUCCAUAGUUUUUGUACGUUGGCUGUUUGGUCGGCUUCAAUGUGGAAUAGAAACAUGUAAUAGGAAUGCUUGGUUAUACCCCCUUUCCAAAGAAAUAAAGUAUAUGAAGAAACUA